UCUACCUGUCCAUCAUCGCUCGCAUCCCUCCUGGCUGUCAUCCCCUCCUCUCCAGAUCUGGGCUGCAAGGGAGCCGUGGGCAUCUCCUGGGAUCUCCUCCAAAUUUGGCACCGCGCGUGACCCACCAUGACGCUGCCCCCGGCACUAGGGGGUGCCGGACCCCGGCGGGGCAGUAUGCCCUUGCCCAUUAAACACCAGCUGAUGAGAGCGUCCGCCGUCGAGGAACUGGACUCCCCUCCUAGCUCCCCGGAGGUGAGCAGUAAAGGGGGCGCCAGUCCAGCGGGAGGCCGUGGCCCUUACAAAGUCAUGUUGCUCGGGGAGACCGGAGUGGGGAAGAGUGCGCUGGCAGCCAUCUUUGGAGGCAUGAAGGGGGGAAUUCAUCACGAAGAAGAGCACGGGGAGGAUUCUUACGAGCGAAAGUUCCACGUCGAUGACGAAGAGGUCACUCUGAUAUUGUAUGACAUUUGGGACCAGGGUGAUCCAGGUGGAUGGAUGCAGGAAUCAUGCUUGCAGACAGGAGACGCCUUCCUGGUGGUUUUUUCUGUGACCGAUCGCCGCAGCUUCACCCGAGUGCCCCCUACUCUCCUGCGGCUUCGGGCGGAGAGCCCCCGAACGGAUCCCCCCAUUAUCCUGGUGGGGAACAAGAGUGAUUUGGCACGAUCCAGGGAGGUUUCACGGGAGGAGGGCCGGAGCCUGGCCAUCAUGAUGAACUGCAAGCACAUCGAGACGUCGGCCGCCUUACAUCACAACACCCAAGAGCUUUUCGAAGGUGUCGUACGCCAGAUCCGACUGCGCCGCCAUCGGCGUGAGGGAGACGGCUUCGCCGUGGAAGGGGCCGGGGGCCGCCGCGAGAGCCUCACCAAGAAGGCCAAGCGCUUCCUCUCUAGCCUCGUGCCACGGAACGGACGCUUCUUCAAGCAGAGGUCAAAAUCCUGCAAUGACCUUUCUGUGCUAUGAGCCUCGUUUUGGUCUCCGUUCCCUCUAAGAUGGCAAGAAAUGACCCCGUGGCGUAUAUUCCGGACUCCUCCCGUGCUGAGCUCAGGAUGAUGGCCAUAUUGACCCAAGGAAGGGGCCGUUCGCAAGACUCCCGCAAUCUUCCUUGGCUUGUCCAGUUAGCUUUAGUGCAAUGCCAAACAAGCUUUACACAUGUUGCCCUUUAUCCGACUUUUAAGAGGGCCUUUAGAAACGCCAAUCUUGCAGAAACCUUUAAGAUACUCAACGAAGGCUUUAAACGAGUUAGAGAUAACUGCUUGCUCUCCAAGGCUCUUGUCCCUCUCGUCUUUUUGAGAUUGCUUUCCUGUUGUAAGAAAUUUAUUAAUUUUUGUCUGCCGUGACUUUGAGUUUCACCUUGAGGAAUGUCUGAAAGGCGUCCGGUGGGCCCUGAAAAACAUCUCCGUUGCAAGCCUCAGGAUUUCUCCCUUCGUGAUUUGUGUUUCUCGUGUCAGUCGCCUUCCCGUGCCCUCGAACUUCUAAAGACGGUAGAGGGGGAAAGCGAUCCUCUUGUGUUUGUGAACUUGGAUGUAUUUUUGUAGGUCGAGACCUUUUGUGCAAAGCGUGACUUGUGGAACUUCUUCGCCAUAGCUUAAAAGGUAUUGCAAGAGAUACCACUUUGGCCUCUGUGUUUGCACACAACCACCUUCAAGAAGAUUUCAACGUCGCAGGCUCAUGUUCGAUCACGCUGCCUUUGCUUUUGAUUAUCCCGCCUCGCCUUUUCAAGAGGACCUGAUCUUGGGAAUAUUUUGUGUGAGUUUAAAUACAUGCCCACACUUUACGAAGCUGUAAAAGACACCAGCUGGGGUGAUGGUGGGGAGGCACACAUUCCUACUUUUGCGUAAGGAACAACAAUUUCGAAAUGUGUGUCCCUCCCCUUGAAAGGACACUUAAAGACAUCCCCCAGCAAGCCCGAUUCAAGCAACGGACUGCAGCUUUGGAAACCAUUCUGUUCCAUUUGCUCAUCUUUGCUGCACAACAGCACGCAUCUUGGAACCAACUCUCUUAAAGAAACUUCAGCGGAGGAAUUUGUCAUUUUUUUAUACACUGAAUACGUGCACAGCUCCUUUAAGAGACCCACCUUAAAGGCGUACGCCCGGGAACGAUCCAGGUCUGACAUUUUACAUUGUUGGUAGAUUAUUAUUUAACCUCCAUGUACGGCACAUUUGUUUUUACAAAGCUUCUAAAGCCAUUCAUUCAGCAAGCAAUCUUUUUCAAAUACAUGUACAACUGGGAACAUUUCCCGUGCCAGUCAUUUAUGACUUCCCCUUUAAGGUGCCUGUUAAAGGUACAAACCCCAAGGAAUUUCAGCCAGGUGGGCUUUUGGGGGAAAAAAAUUUGCCGGGGUCCUCCUUGAGGUUGGGCACCUGAUGGUUGCAUGUUUGGUUUCAAUUAAAGCCAUUUUUUUUUUA